AUGAUUGGUUUGCCCAAAUCUGGAAAAAGAACUCUAUUAAAUGAAAUUUCUUGUAAAUUCAAACAUACUCCAAUUUACUCAGGAGACCUAAUAACUGCAUUGAAGUAUUCUAAAUUCAAUCUUCUCUGUUUCCACAACAUAGAAGACAACUCAAUCCAAAAUCAUUUGAAUGGUGCUUUUCUUAAAGUAGACGCUCUUAUCUUUGUAAUAGAUUCAUCAAACCUGUCAGAUUUAAACAAAUCUCAUAUGCUUUUGCACUAUCACUUAAAUUAAUUCAAAUGGAUGCCAAUUCUUCUCAUUAUAAGUAAAUAUCAUGAAGCAUAAAAAACCAUAUAAGAAAUUGUUAUAUAGUUUGAACUAAUCAAAUUGAGAUAACCGUGGUUUGUUCGAACCGUUGGAUCUGAUAUAUCUGAUUUAGAUGAAGGUUUAAACUGGCUAUAUGAUUAAAUUAAAAAUAUUAAAUAAUGA